CUUCGAGGACAAUGAUGGCGAUGACGAUGCUACUCGUAGGGGUCGCGAUCGUUUGCAUGAACCUGCCAGAAGCAGGUGCCAGCCUAUCGCCCCAGCAUCUGUACGCUCUGGCGGUGGGCCUGAACGCCUCCGACGAAGACACCGCGUUUAACAAGGUGGACGAGCCCGGUGCGGACGGGACCUCCGGGGACCGGCCGAGCGGCGGCCGGCAGUUGGAUCUGGGCUUCGGCAUGUACGAGAUGUGCCCGUUCCCGCUGAGCUUCAUGCACGCGUGCGAGACGAGCGACCAGUGCAAGCAGACCGGCUGCUGCGCCAUGCACGCCUUUCCCGGCACGCGCCGAUGGCAGAGGCCCUGCUGCGUCGUCUCGCGGCUCGUCACGCUCGCCCGCAUCACCGGCUCGUGCAUCAAGAGCAAGACCACGAGGCCAGAGUCCGCGUGCCCUGCCAACUUAGUGGUAGACGAGUGCGGCGAGCCAUGCGUCGACAACGAGGACUGCAAGGAACCGGGACUCGCCUGUUGCCGCUUGAGCUGCGACGACGAACGAGGAUCCUUUUGCUACGCCGUGCACGACAACCGGUAGAGAAAAAAAUAUAUUUAUUGCUCCAUCAGUCCCAACAUUAGUGCCAAAUAAAGUUCCACGACAAAGUCUG